AUGGGCGCCGACGUCCCCGGACCGCUGCGGCGCUACCGCGACGCGCAGCUGCUGAGCGCCGUCGGCUUCGGCGUGUGGUGGGUGCUGCUCAGCCCCGCCAUCCUCGCGACCAUCGGCCCCAAGGGCGUCGGCGGCGCGCGCAUCGCCUACAACGCGGCGCUCUUCGUCGUGAGCCCCGUGGCCGGCGGCGCCGUGGAGCGCGGCGACGCGCUGCGGCUCCUCACCUGGUCGUCCCUCGGGCGCGUCGUCGUCUACGCGGCCGCGCCGCUUUUGUGGGCUUUCGUGCGGCAGUACGAUCGCGUAGACUACGUCUUCGCGCCGUCGUUCUUCGCGCUCAUGGCCGCCGACGGCGUCUUCGUCGCCUUGGUCAACGUGGCGUCCAUCGACUGCGGCGGCACGGACCUCAUCGCCGCGCGCCUCGGCCUCGGCGCGGCCGUCACCGACGAGCUCCGCGACCAAUUCAACGCGUUGCACCAGCUCUUCCUCGACGGGUCCAUGGUCGUCGGCGCGCCGGCCGUCGCCGUGGCGCUCUACGUCGCCGCGACGACGUCCGGCGACCUGCCGAACCAGAGCCUCGCGCUCCUCGGCGCCCUGGGGGCCGUCAUGGUCGUCUCCUUCGGCGUCGCGGUCGCGCUCUACGGCGUCGUCGGCGCGGCGGCGCCCGCGCGCACACCAAAUAGCGACGAGCCGCCGGCGAAGGGCGGCCUCCUGCGCCAGAUGGGCGGGGCGCUCCGGGCCCUGCCGUCGGACGCGUCCUACGUGGCGUCGCUCGACGGGAGGCUUCUGUGGCGCGUCUUCUUCCUGGCCAUCGACACGGCCGUCGAGGACGCCGUCGUCGCCGUGGUCUUGCCGGCCCUCGCCAACGAGCUCGCCUGCCACCCGCACGGCAUCGCGACGACGGGCGCGGCGUACGCGGAACACUGCGACGGCGAGUGGCGGCUGCGCGGCGGCGCGUACCUGUCGGUCAUCGUCGCCGUCGGCAAGAUCGGCGGCGUCUUGGCCGGCGUCGUCAUGCACGCGCGCGCGGCGGAGCACCAGGCCCAGGGCGACGCGCACUACCGGAAGCUCUUCAAGUCGUCGCUGCUCGGCGGGCUGUCGUUCCUCGGAGUGCCCGCGGUGGCCCUCGGCGCCGUCCCGGGCCUCGGCCGCGACGGCACCUACGCCCUGAUCUGCCUCGCGACGUUCGGCUUCUUUCUGUUGAUGACCAUGCCGAAGAUCGGCUUCGCGACGCUCCUGCAGCACAUGGCGACCGCGAGCGACGCGCCGGGCCGCGUCUUCGGCUUCACGGCGGCCUUCAUCAUGGUCGUCGACUCGCUCGUCGUCGCCGGCCUGAGCCUGUGCGCGCCGUCGGCCGCGAUGAAGCUCUCGACGUUCCUCUGGAUCGCCGGCGGGUCCGUCGCGGCGAUCGGGCUCUUCGAGGGCGCGUGCGGGCCCCGGCUCGUCCUGGGGGCCAAGGGCGACGGCCCGCGGCCCUCGCUCGGCGCCGACGCCCUCGGCGGGGACACGCUGGACACGGCGCGGCCGCUGAUUAAUGCGUAA